GUAAUAUGACUUUUUUUUCUCUUCGUUUUUCUUAUAUAGUUUCUGUUUUUCGUUUAUUAUUUUUCUUUCAAAAUCCCUUUCUAUGUAACUGUGUAAAACAGAUAUAUACACGAUAGUCAUCUUUUCAUUUUCUUCUCCUUUUUGGGAUCGCGAAACUUGAAGAUCGGAUCGAGCGCUCUUGCACUCGAACCCUAGUACCUCACCUAUCUCCGACGAACGAAGGUUCCUCCUAAUCUUACACCAUUUUCAACGCCCACAGUGACGACGAUUCGUUUUCUCACCUGUUUUCGGUCUUGUUUCCAUCAGAGAGAGAGAAUAGAGUUAAGACUCCGAUCUGAAGAGUUUUUUGGCGAAAUCAGAAGGUAACCAUAAGAGUGAAUUUGAGAGGAGUUCGGUUAGAUAAGGAAAGAUCUCGACGUUUGGAUUCACUGCGAAGCGAAGAUUUGUGUGAUUUGAUGUGGUUUUUGUCCUAGAAAGUCAUUCCGAUUGAAAACCGUGGAUCUAGAAAAAAAAUGGUAGAUAACGAGUUUUUCUCUGCAUUUCAAAAGAAACUUCUAGAGAGAGAAGAUGACGCCUCCUCCUGAAUUGAAGCCACAACUAUAGUUCUUACAUUUACUGUGUGAAAGAAGACGAUGUCAUCGUCCAACUCUCCGUGCGCGGCGUGCAAGUUCCUUCGGCGAAAAUGCACUCAAGAGUGCGUAUUUGCGCCUUAUUUCCCGCCAGAUCAGCCUCAGAAAUUCGCAAAUGUUCACAAAGUCUUUGGCGCAAGCAACGUUGCGAAGAUCCUCAACGAACUGAACGCGGCCCAGCGUGAGGACGCUGUGAAUUCACUAGCGUAUGAAGCAGAGGCUCGCCUUCGCGACCCGGUUUAUGGUUGUGUAGGUCUGAUUUCGAUUCUUCAACACAGGCUCAAGCAAGUCCAGGUUGAUCUGUACAAUGCGAAGAAAGAAUUAGCAAACUACAUUGGACCGUCGGCGAUGUUACCGAUUCUUCAACACCCGGGUUUUAUGCAACAACAACAACACCCAAAUACGCCCUCUUCGUCUACUGUGAUUCCUUACAACAUGUCACCUGUUUCGGGUUUAUCUGCUGGGAAUUCACAUAACACGCAAUUGUUGAUGCGUGAACAACAUCAUCAACAUCAGCACCAACAAAUGCUUGAGGCCCAGCAGAUGGCGGCGGUCGUGGCGGCCAGAGAGCAACAGGAGAUGUUGAGGACUUACGAGCAACAACAACAGCAACAGCAACAGCAGCAAGAACUCGUGAGGUUUAAUGAUGGGUUUGACCCGGCCAGUGGACCCGUAAAUGUAAGUGGGUUCAACAACGGUGCUAUGUCACCGUCGUUGGCUUUGGGUUGUUUUGACAGCCCAUAUCAGAUUCAGCAACAAGCACAAGAGCAUCAUUCGCAUCACCAUCAGCUUCAGCCACAGCUUUUGCUUCAACAACAACAACCACAACCACCGCAGGCUCGACAAAGGUCCGGAAGCGAAGAGGGUGGGAGAGUUGGUCCGUCCUGUUAGAUGUUAUUGAAGCUCAAAUGCCCUCUCAGCUUAUUCUUUCAACAAAUUUUCAUUUCAGGUCAGACAGUCGCAAUCCGGAUGCACCCACCAAACAAUAGGAGUGUUGUAACACAAACUUGGUUUAAUUAGUUAGGUGGCUUGGAGGAUUGAUCAAGGCAGGGUCUCAUGGUGAUGAAAGCUCUUCCUCAACAACCCCCCCCCCCCCUUCUCUCUUUCUCUCUCCCCUUUGUUUGGAUAGAAAGUAGAUGAAGAGUGUUUUGAACCUGUUGCCUUUUGACAUUUGAAUUUGCUAACGGGAACUUGAAAUGAAACUAGGCCAUAAAGUGUUAUGAUAAUUACUUGUACAAUUUCUUUCUAUACCAGUGUUGUCAUUUUAGCUUUCAGGGUAAUAAUUAUGUUUCACCUUGCUUUGUUUUCUGAGACUGAAAUGUUUUUAAUUCAAUAAGUGCACAUACAUGAGAACCUUACAAGUUGUUUCAACUCAAACCUUAAUUCAUGUUUUGUACUCACAAAUCAGUAUGUGAUUGGCCAAAACAGACAGACCCUUCCUCUGACUAUUCAUUU